CAUAAUUUCUAAAUCCACAAUCUAAAAUAUUUUGUUAUUGUGAUCUUCUAAUCAUUUUAAAACUUCGAUGGCUAUUCUUCGCUUCUCAACCUUUGUAUUUUCUGUGAUACUCGGUACUUUUCUAUUGAUAAAUUUUGAUUAUUUGGUUAUGACAGUGAACGCAAGGCAUCUCUUGGAGACCCCAUUACCUAAGGUACCAGAAGACCUUCCAAAACCAAAAAUACCAACCUUGCAAAAACCUGAGCUUCCUCCACUGCCAAAGGUUGAGUUACCUCCAUUGCCUCAUCUUCCACCCUUUGAAAAGCCUAAAGUACCUGAAUUUCCAAAGCCUGAACUCCCAAAGUCGCUUGAAUUACCGGAAGUAUCGAAGCUUGAUCUCCCCAAAUUUCCAGAAGUUCCAAGCUUGCCUAAGUUUGAUCUUCCCAAACUGUCUGAAGCUUCAAAUCUACCAAAACACGAGCUCCCAAAAUUACCUGAAUUACCAAAUGUGCCAAAACCUGAGGUUUCCAAGUUACCAGAAUUACCAAAUUUACCUAAACCAGAACUCCCUAAGUUACCUGAAUUGCCACCUCUCCCAAAGCCAAUUCUCCCUACCAUUCCAAAGGACAUACCUUUCCCUUCAUUGAACCCACCCCACACAACCACAAACCCAUGAAUAGCAUAUUCUAUCUACAACAGUUUAAUUAAAUAUAUAUUUAUAUACGACAGUGAAAACUAUAUUAUCUUUUGUUUCUCCUUUUAAUUAUCCCUUCGGAUAAGUAUGAGAUUUUUAUAUAGGUUGUUUCUAUUUUUAUCAAUGUGUUAUUGUAGUUAUAUAGUGUUCGUCUUCUA